AUUGAACCUCAGAAGUCAACUCUACAGUAUCCAUAUGUAACCAAAUAAUGAUCUGUUGAGUUAUUUUAAUAAAUUACGACAGAACUGCAGGGCUGGGAAUGCAGAGAAGACUGACAGUAAAUCACUUUGUUCACCAUGUGCCAUGCUAUACCAUGAGUAUACAAAGGAUUCCUUAUUGGCCAGUUGGCUCCCUCCUCUGGUUCAUAAUGAGAAUGACCACCAUUGCAAAGAUUGCACAACCAUAAUUUUCAAUAGGAUUUAGGUCCCGGAGGGCUGCUCCCUCUAUUGCUCCAAGGAGGUUGGUCUACAAAGGCCUGAUGGUGUCAGGGGUUGGUGUGGAGUCACAGGAGGAGGGGCUGUUUUGCAGCACAAUAAAGUCAGCAAGUAAGGAAGGAGGAAGAGAGACAAGCAGAUACAGAGCCUGGCCACAGAGACAGGACUCGCUACGUUGGCCUUGUAAAGCCGCUGCUUCCUCUUUAAGGAGCCCCCGACAUUUAAACUCUUCGAACAUUGUUUGACUUCCCACUUUGAUCUCAGUCCAAGUCAGCUGGAGAGCAGCAUGCUUUGAAGACGUGCAGGAGUGCAUGAGGGACGAUGGGAGGGAGAAGAAAAAAAGUUUGUCCAACUCCAUGAGCCAGGGAGGUCACAGCAACAACACCCAAUCCCAGAGCAGUUCCCAUGGAGACAAGUGUGGCAGCGUACAAUGAGGAUUUCGGGGGCUGGUCAUGGUGUCCAGUGAGAAGGUGUGGGACCCCCACCAUGCGGGACUUUUUCAGCCACAUCUGAGAGAACAGCACCUGGCUCCUGACCUAACUCCCAUCUCUGACCCCUCAUAUAUUGCAGCUAAGGACAGUGCACUCCAUCAAAGUAGGCGGUUGUCACCUUUGUCUUCCCAGCCACCAUCAGUGGCUCUUGACGCCUUUCAACGAGUUCAAGCCUCCUCACAGUCACAUCCACCCGUCAGUUUGUGCAGCUUGAAUAGGACUGAAUUACCACACAAACCAGUCCACUGUCUUGGUGUGGAUUUUCAGUCUGAAGAGGAGGAAGAGGAAGCAGAGCAACUUGACAUGAAGGGAAAAAAGCUUGGAGGCCGUGGAGAGGCCACAAUGGAGGACAAGCUGGAGGGUAUGGGUGAUGGACCUAAAAAUGCAAAAAUCACCCUGAGCUUCCCACUUAGUGCAGCCCCCCUCCCAACAUCUCUGACCUCACCAAACCGCUGUCAUAGCUCUUCCUCAUCCUCCCCUUCCCCUCACCGGCGGCGACCAUCAUCGAAGAACUCAGAUAAAGGGUCACUGUGGAAACUUGAUGCUACCAUGGAUGUAAAGCACAGACCUUUUAAGCCCCAGAGACACGACAGCUCUCCGUCCUCUUCACCUUCUUCCUCGUCUUCUCCAAUGACUGCUCCUGCAUUUGUCAGAAAAGAUAUAAAAUCCCUCCCUCCUCUUAAGUGCUCCAAACUAAGUUCAGAAACUCAGAUUCACAGGUCACCCCAGAGAUCUUCCAGUGGGCCUUUAGGAGGCUGUUUUGGUGGGGAUGGAUGGGAUGAGAGGCACAAAGUGGCCAACGGUACAGCCUCGCCUUCUCAGACUGACCAGAUUCUCUUCAAUCUGGGCACAUCAGCCUAUCAGAGAGGUGGGGAUACAGACAGGCGAGAGAAACUGACCGGAAGGCCAACUGGAAAAGCGGGAAGUCCCCAUGGACCAAGUCUUCAUCCACCUACCCUCCAUCUCCCUCCCCCCUUACCUCUUCCACCUCCCCCACCUUCUGAAGGUCUUACAGCACCACCCCACUCGUCCUCCUACUCUCCAACUGACAGCCUGAAGCCAGAGCUGAUUUGCGGGGUGUGCCAUCGGCUAUUCAGCUCAGCCUCCUCCCUCACAGUCCACAUGCGGCUGCAUCGUGGCAGCCGCGCCCUCAGUUGCCGUUGCUGUGGCAAAGUCUUUAUCCACAGCAAGAGACUGCAAUCCCACGAGGCCUCCUGCAGGGUGCCAGGCCUGUCCUCCAACAGCCUGCGCCCCCCUUCUCUCGCUGUACAGCCAAAGGAGGAGCCACUGGAGGAGGGUGAGGUGAGAGUGGAGGGGGGAGUGAUUGUGGGAGAAACAGACAUCAGUAAGGCGCGGCCUGGGAAGAAAGCACGGAGCCUCCUGGCACGUAUCCAAGCUGAUGAUGCAGCAGGCACAGAGCUGCUGGCGGGUGAUGAGAACCAUUUUGUGAAGGUGGUGGAUGGCAAUGUCAUUUACUUCUGCUCUGUGUGUGAGCGUUCCUAUAUGACCUUAUCCAGCCUGAAGCGUCACUCUAAUGUGCACUCAUGGCGGCGCAAAUAUCCAUGUCAUUAUUGUGACAAAGUCUUUGCCCUGGCUGAGUAUCGCACAAAGCAUGAAGUGUGGCACACUGGAGAGCGGCGAUACCAGUGCAUCUUCUGUUGGGAUGCCUUCGCCACCUACUACAAUCUCAAGACACACCAAAAGACCAUUCAUGGGAUUAAUCCCAGCCUCAUCUCAAGUGAAAAGACAGCUAAUGGGGGUUAUAAGCAGAAAGCUAAUGCUCUCAAGCUCUACCGCCUUCUUCCCAUGCGUUCCCAGAAGAGACCCUACAAAACUUACAGUGACAGCUUACAUAAUGGCCUUCUACUGCCACCAGCUGAAACACCUUCCCUCUCCCUGCCUGGUCUGGGCUGUGCUUUGGGCUCAGAGGACUUACAAGGCUUCAUCACAGAGGCCCACCCUCAAAGUGUGAAGCCUGAUCCAGAUGCCUUCCCUGAUGGUUUCCCUGUUUCUGUUGCUACUGAUCACAGGGACAUCUCUGCACUAACACCCCUCCCCCAGAAUGAUGUGCCCCAAGUUAGAAAACAUGAGACUGAGGCCCUUGAGUCAGAGCAGGGGCGAGGCAGUGGCAGCUUCAAAACAUCUACUGGCAGCAAAGUCAAAACUCUCAAGACAGGUCGAGGGACAGAAAUGAGCAUGCCUUCUGUAAUAACAUAUGGUCACACAAAACCCUCUGUUAUAGUUCAUGGGACAGCUGUGUCCUCCUCUGUCAUUGUGCAUAGUAACCAGGUUACUUCUGGAAGUGAGAAAAGCCCAAUGAAUAGCCCAUCCCCUGAAACAAGCAGCAGUCAGACUUCACUCAAGGGCAGUCCUCGACCAAUCAAAAAACAAAGGGAUAGUACAGAUAAUCAUAGAAAGAGGUCAAGAGACAGUUCAGAUACCACAGAGGAGGACUUUAGAGGCAGAAAAGACACUGAGACAGGCAGAUUAUUUCACAAAUCACGCAAGUCCCACAGCAAGAGUAAUGUCUCAAUCCAAAAGCAGCUGUCAGCAUCUGUGGGGUCACAAGUCAAAGAGGCAGGGCCACUGUGCCAGAUUACAGUACGCAUUGGUGAAGAGGCCAUAGUCAAGCGCAGCAUCUCUGAGACAGAUCUUAGGAGAGACAAGAGCCUGUCUCCGCCAAAAACCAAACGGAGUGAAUCAUCAUCUUUGUGGGAAGCCAAGGAACUACGUCAAAUUUCAUCCCACCAUCAUCAUCAUAAACAUCGCCUCCAGAACAGAGCCAGCCUGGAAACAGAGGAAGAUAAGGAAGCAGGAGACUGUGAGGAGGAAGAGGAGGAGGAGGAGGAGGAGGAGGAGGAAGAGGAGGAGGGGGGGAACAGGAAAAAGAGCUCCAAAUCGCCUGACCAGGUGAGGGAGUACUACUUUCGUAAGGAGGUGCGUGAGCAGGAUAGUGACAAUGACAUGGAGGAUAAUUUAUGGCGACCGUACUACUCCUACAAGCCUAAGAGAAAGGCCCACGCACAUCUACAGAGGGUAAAAAGCUGGCAAAGGAAACUUAAGUACAAGCGCUCCAUCCGCCUGAAGAGAAGGGCAGAGAGACUUAAGAGCCUUCUAAAUAAACAGACAGAGAAAUCACAAGAUGAGGAAGAGGACAGGACAACUGAGGUGGCUGAGAAACUCCCCAAAACUAACAAAGUCGAGGAAGAAGUAAAAAAGAAAGACAAUCUCUCUGCCCCUUUAAAAGACAAAAAUAAAGAUGCAGACGAACAGGUUAAACAGAACCGUUCAGCCCCUCCUGUGCACUCUCCAAAGCCUCCUCUGUCUACCUCAGUGGCUCCUACGGGAAUAAAGAGGCGGCCUUGGACUAAUGGGAAUGCAGCAGAGUGUGGUACAUGUGGCCGUUGGUUCUCAAGCCCCAGGAAGCGAGACAAGCACGAGCUGAGCCAUCUGCUGGAGUUUGUAUGCCUCUUCUGUCGAGCCACUUUCCCUUCAAGGGACAAAUUGGAAGACCACCAGAGAGCCCAGCAUCCUAAACCUACUGAGGCUCCCUCUGUGCCCCCUAAAGGUUGUGAACAAGUUGUUGUCGGAGUCAAAUCUGUGCCUGAGGUGGCAAAAUAUGAUGAGGAUAAAGGAGGACAAAUAGGCUUAGGAGGAAAUAAUUCUAGUCCAAGUCGUCUAAGCAGAAGAGCAUUAUCACGACACACCUGUACACAGUGCUAUAAGGUGUGCAAGACAUCUUCAGCACUAACUCGCCAUAUCCGACGCCAUGAGUUAAGCAGUUCUCCAGAGAGAGAAAAGGAUGAUAAUGAGUCAGAGCUAAAAGAAUCACAGACGUUUUUUAACACUCAUGGCACAGACACAGAAAUUGAAAAAGGACAGACUCCCAGUGCUCUCUCUGUUUCAGUUAUCAGCUACUCAGCGCCAGAGCCGCCCAGUGCUGGGGACUGUUUGGCAUCACAGCAGCAUGAAAACCAUCUAAGUGAACUCACAGAUGAGCGCCUGAAAUUGGAUUCCAGUGAAAAACCUGAACCAACAGAGCUCACACUUCCAGAUCCAGAGAGAGAGUCCAGACCACAAAAUGCAGACCCUCCAUUAGAAAGCCCAGUUAACCUUGCACCCAUCAAACCCGAAGUCAUGUCUGCCACACCCUCCACUCUCCAGAGUGUUCUCGUCAUGAAUGGACCUGACUGUCUUGACUACCGCACCCCCAGCAAAAGGAACCUGGACAGCCAGAUCCACAGAAUGCGCAGCCCUUUGCACUUUGUGACAUCCACCAGCACCUCUCCAAAUUUGCCCAUGACAUCACAGAUCAGAAUAACCAGUGCGGCUCCUCCUGUUUCCAUGGCAACAACUCCUAUCUCUGAGGGGGGAUUCAUGAGACAGGAUGGGGUCAUUAUGGACAGAGAAAGGCAGAAUGGGAGCGGUACAUUUCUACAUGCAGAGUACGAGGAAUCUCCUAUAGUCCAAGAUCUAAGAGCCCAAUGCCUGUCUAGGAGUCCCUCUCCCACUGAAGCACAAGACCUUACCAUGUCCUCUAUACUAGCUCGAGAAAGAGAGAUAGAGAGGCAAAGAGAGGCAGAGAUGGAGCUGGAGAGACAGAGGGAACAGGAGAGAAACAAGGAAAUAGAGAAGGAAAGAGAGAAAGAAAUAGAGAGGGCCCAGCAGAUCAAAAGACUUGUACAUCCCCCACAGGACCAGAUUGCACUUUUGGUGCCUAAAGAGGAGCCCUUGAGCCCUGUACCGUCACCCCAACAUAUCCCCACUCAAACCACAAUUAAUGGACCCUCUUCACACAGACACACUCCUAAGUCCCCCUGCCGGUCCCCCUCAGCUAUUGGACUGUUAGCUCAAGCCAGCCUGCAGGUUCACUCCUGUUCACAAGGACUCGAUAGGCUCUCACUUCCUACUGGAGCAGCUGGUAUCGGUGACCGCCCCUCUGCACAUGCUCUGCUUCUCCCCCGAGUCCCCCAACCACCUGAACCGGACCACCAGGACAAUGUUUCUUCCAGAGUUUCCCAGCAGGGAGACACCACACCAGUUGGUUACCCCACCCAGGAUUAUCCACUACCCCUUAUUGUGCCGGACAGCUACCGCUCUGUUAAAAAGCAGCAGGAAAACCUGCUUAUGUCCUCAUAUCCACCGGGAGCACUUCCUUUUGGUCCACUGGGAAAAGUGAUAGUACCUAAUAGCAGCGACCUGGCUAAGCUGCCAUUCUAUCCGGACCCUUACCAGCUGCUCUAUGGGCCCCAGCUCCUCGCCUACCCCUACAACUUGGCAGCACUUCCUGUGGCUCUCAACAUGAUGGGACCUGGGGGAGACAAGGUGGAGCCUCUGCCAAUCCUCCCUGCCAUCUUCAACUACGCCGCCACUGCUGGGCCUUACAUGGGUGCAGCCCCUCACCCUCUUGUGACAAAUCCCAGCCUCUACAGCAGCAGCAGUGGCAGCGGCAAAAAGCAACGAGACAGCAGCAGCAAACAGUAGGACUCAGAUGCACUAUUAGAAUUAUAGUUCAAAGGGGGACAGCCUCAUCGGUUUUGGCUGGGAGUGGAAGGGACUCGUGCUCACUGGCUCACUCAGUACACUUGCACAGUAUCCCUGCCUCUCUUUUAUUAUACAAGAGAUCAGAGCUAGGCAUUACAGGAGUAGGUGUGAAGGAAGAAGAAGGAGCAAAGAGAUGGGGAGGAGAAGCCAAUAUUGUAGUGACAUAUCACUGCUCCAUCUUUACUCCAGCUCUUCUUCCUCCAUGUCUCUUCUGUCUUCCUGUAGUGUGUUGUAGUUCUAAAGCUUGUUUAAUCUUCCUCUGUGACUCAUUACAUUAUCUAUAAUAUAAGAAUAAGAAAUGCUAACAGGGUGUGUGUUGUGUGAAAAAUUAGUUCAAUCUACUUCCCUUUAUAGUCACCACAUAACGAGGAUAAACGCUCUUCAGGGAAGGCUUGUGUGGGCUUGAGGUGAGAUAAGGCAGAGGAGUCCUAACACAGUUGGAAGUGAAGCAUUAAGCAACUCAAACUUUGUGUAUUUUUAUAUGAGCACGUGAGAAGGCAGGUGUAUCCUGUUGUUAUACUGUCCGUGAGAGUUCUAUAUGAGCAUGUCCAUGCACAUGUAUGUAGGUAUUUGUGCAUGCAGCAUUGGGCCUAAACAGGUAUUGCUGUGUGUACACAAAGGCGUGUGUCUGUUUGCGAGUGAUUGAGAAUUAGUAUGGAUGUCUAUAUUUGUAUGGAUGUCUAUAUCAUUCCAUGUGAGACGUGUGCAGCAUUCCCACUCAAGUUGGAAUCGCUACUGUAGGUCAGUGUGUAGAAGAGCAUUUAGAAGUGAUUCCUCAUAUCCAAAUCAUUAAGAAGUCAAAGCUAUGGCUGGACAUGAGUGUAUGACAAUGACAGAUCAUCUGCGCUUUUAUAAGUCUAGACAAACCUGCCGACUUCAUGGCCAGAUGGCACUGUAGGAUCUGUAUAGCAUUCACCAUAGUUUAUACUUUAUGUGCACAAAUAGAAAAGUAGUGGUCACUUCAAGGAAACACAUGUAGCUGCUUUGAAAAUGUAGCUGGCCACUGGGUAAGACUUAAAAGCUGGUAGACCAUUGCACUUCCAUUUUUUCAUCUCAUUUCCUUCAAGUUAAAAAAAAAAGGAAAGGAAUAAAAAAACAGCCAGCCUUCAUAUUGUGUAGCUUUUUCUCUUUGCAAGAGGAAAAGGCCCCAUCUCCUAAGCCAGGAAAAAGAAAGCGACAGCAAAGAUGGAAAAAGAAAAUGGAUUCAGGGUAUUGAGUUAUUUCUGGAUAGGAAGAGAAAUAUAUGGGCACAAAACUGUUGGACUGAAUCAAAAGGCUCCACAGAAACUAUGUUGGAGGCAUAAAAAGACAAAAAAAAUAAAUAAAUAAAUAAAAAAAAUAAAACUAAGUAGUGAUCGGGAAAAAGUCUGAUCUAUUUCCCUUUCCUGCUCUGUGUCAUUUACUAAGAGGUAGGAAAAAGCUGAGCUUAGCAACCGAAGUGGCGGGCCGAAACUCUCCAGAUGCCCUCCUGGGGCCUUUUUUUUUUUUUGUUAAGUGUAAUGUUAUCUCUAUAUGUUUUUGUUAAACUAUGUUGUUUGUUGUUUAGCCCUCUUACCAGAUGGAAGUGGCUUCAGUGAAAAGGGGGAGUAAACUUAAAAAUAUGAAUGUAAAUUUAGUCAUGAGGUUAAUGAAGUACAGCUGCAUUAAUGGUAGAGUUGGUUUCAGUUCCUUUUUUUGUUGUUUUUUUUGACUCAGAUAACCCGUUAAAGAACCGUAUAACGUCUGGUAUGCAUAUAAACAGUAGUCCUAGGAACAUGUCAGUAAACUUGGGUUCUGUAUCCACAAAGCAUGAGCAACACUUGCUUCCUAACCGUUUAUAUUCUCAGCAAAUCUGGCAUUGUGUGCUUAGCUUUUUUUUUAUUUCCUCUUAUAUUUUCUGGCUUUUGAUCUUCCAUAUCUCAGUUAAGAUUUUUGUUGUUCAUUACAGAAUGCAGUUUGGGGAAAAAAAAUGCAAGCAAACAAAAAUAAAACAACACAAAAUUAGCAGCCACAUUUCCGUCUCACAUUUAGGAGCUGCUUAAUUGUCCCACUCCACUGAACACACUCUGGCUUGCUGCACCUCCUCUGAAUGAACUAUAUGUUUCAGCGUGUGUGUUAUGGUACUGGGGCACCUUUUUUUUGGUUCUAGCAGGAGUGUUAAAACAAACAUGUGACCGACUGCAGGGGCGCACAAGCAUCCCCCUCGGGUGUGGUUACAAGCCUUUUGCGUGUUUUGGUACGUGUGUGAGAACGAGUGACUGUGAGAAUAAGAAAACCAAAAUAAAUCUGCCUGAGCAGCAUAUCCCCUGGCAGUAUAUGGGCCACCUGUUUGAUUUUUGUUUAUUUUGGUACACUUUUCUGUGGGUUAGUUUCAGUGUAAAAAAGCCUUGCUGUCUCCAGUACACUAUCUCAAGUCAUUCCUGUAGAUGGACAUGUUUGUGUUUUUUGGACCAUUUCUUAUGCCAUAUUUUGCCAUCAGUGGUUAUCAUACAGACCAAAAGCAUGCAAUUCAACGUAUUGUAGUGACUGGACUGGAAUCUGGUGGUAAUAUACAACUAUUUACUGUAUGUUUAAGUUAAAAUGAAUGUGCCUCUGCUUUGAUAUUUAAAUAAUUAUCUAUAGUAAGAUGUGGAUCUGCCAGAUUUCAAAUGUUAAGGUGCCUUGUUAUGGCAUAAGAAAUUUGAACAGCAAAUGAGUUUUCUUAAGAAAUAACGGUAUGACCUGGAGAUAGAUUUCAUGGCUUUGUUUGCUAUGAAGCUGUUCAUAGAUGUAGGAGUGUGGCUAAACUGUUUUGGUAUUGUGUACAUGUCUAGGGUAAUACUGUGCCAUAUAAAGCCCACAGAAUAUGUUAAUGUUAUUUUUAAAAGAUGUUUUAAUGUUGCCUGAUGACUUUGUCUUUAGAUUUGAUACAAAGGCUUGUAGCCACAGCUCUCCCAAAGUCUGUAGUCUCCUUUUCCAAAAUUCUUCCUGUUUCUCCUUCCCCUUGUUUCUGUCUCCCUUUCUUUCUCUUUGCUGCAAUCAAGCAAAAUAAAGUAUUAACCUGAUGACCCAAUGAAA